AUGGAGGAAGCGUCCGCCAGAAUCCUCAGACUCUCCGAUCUCCUCACCGGCGGUCUCCACGUCACCGGAGUUUCAUCCAUCUCUCCCAAGAAUCCGGCCUCCGAUUUUGACUGGAAACUGUAUGAACAGCCUCCCAACCCAGUUGUAUCAUCAUCAUCCUCCCGAAAAAACACUAAUUUAAAAAUCCUUGAACCCUUGAAAAACCCAACCGUCCUCAUAGGAACGGUUUCCCUACCGGCCCAUCCCAGAAAUAAUUAUCCAAGCUCGCAUAUUGCUUGUAGCUGCUUUCAAUUUAGCGAUGGCUCUGCAACUGUUUGUUGUGAUAUUCUCAAUUUCCACCCGCGAAUUGUUGGAAGAAAUGUUCGUGUUUGCGCCUGGAAUUUCAUUCCUUCAAAUUCUGGAGGCAGAGUAAGUGGGUUUUUGGAGAUAAUUAGUUGGGAGAUUCUGGGAGUUUCUUUGAAUUCUGAUUCUUUUCCUUUAGCUUUGGAUUCGUGUGGUGAUGGUAUAGCUGAUUCCAAGGCUAAAUAUGCUUUAUUUGGUGUUUUGGAGUCUAUUAGUCCUCUCACUGUGGUUCCAUGUUCUGUUGGGGAAAGCAGUUCUGUAAGCUCCACAAGAAAGCUUUGUGGCUUCCUUGUGAAAAUUUUGGUCUGUGAGUGCGCAUUGUGUCAGUCAAGAAAAAAUGUAGUUGUAAUGGAAUAUUUAGCUGAAGGGAAUCACAAAUAUCACUGCUUUAUGAAGCCUUUGAUAGUCUACUUCUGUGGGUCUGCUUCAUCUUGGCACCCUGCCAUUGUGAGGUUGAUAGGGAGUAUGGUUACAUUAUGUGGGUUGUGGAGGAAGUUGGUUUAUAUUGUAAAGGAUACUUCUGAAUUAAUGUAUGUUACAAACGAGAAAAGUUUGUUGCGUGUUCCUAAGGUGAUAAAGAAAGGUCUUUCUAGUCAAAAGCCGAAGUUGAGAGGUUCGGGAGAGGUUGGAAGCUAUGUCGGAACAAUAACAGGAGUUUACAUGGAGGGCAUGGUUGUAGAGCUGGAUCAGGAACUGCAGCUUUUGUUAACUGAUCCCCAGCUCAUGGUUCCUCACAGUUUGAGAGUUGGUGCUAUAUUGUCUGUGAGAAAUGUGCAUUUUGUAAAUCCCAAGUUUGGUUGGACAAAGACUGUUGUACUUGGUGCUUGCGUCAUAACAUGUAUUUCUGUUGAAUCAUUUUCUCCAUUUGAAACAGGGGCUUACAAGAGAUCACUUUCUCAAGACCUUCUUUGGAGAUUUAUCUAUUCUCUGGCAUUUUCUGCAAGACUAUGGGUGCUUUUAACAGUCGCAUGUUUUCAGAAAAAAUUUGCUGGGAUUUUAUCUAAAGAGGAAAUAUUAGGAUCAGAACAUAAGGUGGGUCUGGUUCAAACAUAUGCUACUUCAUGUCUACCUGCAUCUGCCUACCAAAAACGUUAUGGAUUGUUCAUGGAGUACAGCAAGCAUUCUUUGAGCAAUCGUGUUGAGGAUGAAGAUUACAGUCUUAUGAAAUUAGCAGUACCAGUCUCUUAUUUUAGGAGCUAUGUUGCAAUCAGGUGGACAGAGGGGAUACGAGGGCAGGAAGAUGAUUUUAAUGUCAUGAGUAAGCUUGCACAAAGAAACUAUCUGUCCUGUGGUGGGGGAUCUUACACAAUGUUGACAAGAAGAAUCUUUCAAAGUGAAGAAACUGCUGUUAGUUUGCUUGGAUAUAUAAAGGUCUCACCAGCUUCUGGGAGGUUGCAACUUGUUGAUGCAUCUUGUAGUAUAGAUGUUGUCAUACCUGACAUCCCAUUGAAUUGGGAUUUCAACAAAGUUUAUGAGGUGAAAGAGUUCAAGGUAAUUAUCCAGGGGAUUUCAGCUGAAUUGAAUGAUCUAGACUUAUUUCCUUGUGAACCAUUCUCAUGUCGAAAUAUCUUUGAGGAUGGUUCCCCAAAGAGAGAUAUAGAUAUAUCGGUUUUCCUUUACCACCGAUUUAGAGAUGCAAAUUCAAUAAUAUAUCCUUCUCGGAUCAACUAUAGUAAAGCAAGCUUUCAACAGCUUCAGGGUGGACAUUAUCACUUAUUUUGGUUGAAGCACAAGUUUCCACUGCUUCAUAAGUCAGUAGGACAUCAAGCCUUUUCAAACAGAUCAAGAGCUUUUGCCGAGGCAGUAAUUUUGCCUUGGGAUUUGAUCUUGCCUAAGAAGGAUGAAAUUGCAUCUUUGAAGGGCCUUCAACUAGAGGAACACGGGGUGUGGGAGUGUGAGAAACAUAUCCCGAAGCGAUGUAAAUCUGAGAAAUUAUCAAGUCACAGAAAACGUGGAUCAUGUGAUUAUGGAAAUCUCAAGUGUGGCUGCUUAAAUGAUUCGUAUUGGAACAGAUGUUUUACAGAGAAGAAUCCGGGAGACCAGAGUUUCAAAUUUCCAUGUGUAGUGUCCAGUAGAGACUUUAAGUGCCCUUGUCCGGGUUUUGUGUAUUGCACGGACAGGAAGGCUGUGACAAGUUCCAGUCUUAAACCAGAUGGGAGGAGUCUAUUGCUGGAGUUUGAUUCUGAAAGUUUAGACAUGCAUCAGGGUUUGAGAAUUGGUGCUUACUACAUAAUAAAGGAUCGAAGAAAUCAUUUCCCAUUUACUGCAAAGAAUGAUAAGAACAACAUCCCUGCAGCAAUGCUUGUCAAUUGUCAGACGUAUCUCCGGAGCAUUUCAUUAUCUUCAGAUGUAAUUCUGGAAAAUUCAAACUCAUCUUCUGUGUUUUCUUCUGCAACCAGUCAUGAACCUGAGCCUGUGCCUGAUGCUUUUCCGCAGAAUGAAAUUUUAGCAAAUAAGCAAUAUUCUAUUUGGCCUGAAUCGUGUUGCUCAGAUAUCAUACUAUCCUUGCCUUCUGAUGCCAUACAUCAUCUGAAGGUGGACACCAAUGUUUUUGAAAGUGGUGUGCAGAAGUCAUCUCUUAUAUUCGAAACAUACACUGAAAAAUAUGAUGCCAAGGGGUCAAUCGUCACUGGUCCGCUCCCUUCUGGAGCUUAUCCUUCUGAACCCCUGUUGCCUGAAGGAGAUCUUCUCUCUCUUCAUGGACUUGUAGUGGCCAUCCACGAUUUCAAUGGUUCUCCACAUAUUUCACAUCCAAGACAUGAAAUUUCUUUUGAUGCUCAUGAAUUAAAAUUUUCCCCGGGAGCAAGUUGCAUUCAUGUUCUUGUGGAUGACCAAAUGGCCAUGAUCUUCGGUUCUCUAAGUAAUAGUACAUAUUCGACAGGUCUUGGGCCAGGUGUGAAUGCAACCUUUCAUCGAAUUCUUGCACUCAGUGGAGUAAAUCAAUAUAUGUUACUUUCUGCAUCUUUUAUUGUGCUUGAUUCUGCUAAUGUUGCUGACUGCCAAGUCGCUGAUGAGGGGGAUUCUAUACCAGUGUCUCUGGUUUCACAAUGUGCAACUUCACCAAGUGUUGUACCUGCAACUUUGAUCUCUGAAAUAACAAAGGCCAUGGAUUUUAAGCCCAUGCAACAUCACGUCAGGGUGAUUUCCAUUUAUGUAUUGGUUUUGCAAAAAAUGGAGAAAGCUGGAUAUUGCAACAAAAAAAUACAGUUUUGCUCAUCCAAAGCUGAAAUCCCACUUGUUGGCUUUAUUGUGGAUGAUGGCUCAUCUGUGUGUUGCUGCUGGGCUGAUAACGCAAGAGCUGCAAAUUUUCUUGGAUUGCCUAUUGAAUCAGUGUCAAGUGAAGAUGACGGCAGAACCUCUUCAGGAGCUGGUCUUGUGAGGCAGAAAGCGAAUGAUUUUUCAGUUGGUCAUCUUGACACUAUGUUAAGACAGCAUCAUAGGGUUAUUGUUCAAAACCAGGGAUCGAUGUGGGACUCUUCAUGCAUGGAGUUAACCGUUUCUGUUGGCAGUAAGGAACCUGUGAAUGGUUCCCAUGAAAAUUUCCUCAGACGGUUGAUUAUAAAUGCUUGCUCCGGCAACUUGUGGACGGUAGAUGGUAGUCUCAUGGAUACAACUGCCUUAAACCGGCUAGAAAAGCGAUUAAGUAAACUGGAGAUGAAGCUGCUUCCAUUGCAAAACAUAUGGGCAACUGGAGUACAGCGUUGUGACCCUCUAGCAGAAUCUAGGACCAUUGCAGCUUUGCCAAUUUUCUGCUAG